UUCACCAAAACAAUCUACAAAAUCUGGAUAUGAGCCAAUCAAUUUUGCAUAAAUCGCCACGUAUAAGACCAAUGGGAUUAGAUUUUAAAGGAAAAAUCUCCAUCUCCCCGUCUCUCAACACAAACAACACUAACACCAUGUCAGCAACAGCUUUACGCUCACCUCUCUGUAUCUCUUCUUCACAAUCACAAUCUGAAGCACAAUCAUCUUCUCCCUCAAAUUCCCAGCAUCAGCUGAGUUUCCACUUGGCUACCAAACCCAAAAGUCUUCUCCAGAAUCAUCCACUCUACCCACCUACCCAUGCAAAUCUCUCCAUCCAAAUCCAAGAAAAAAUCAUCUUUCUUGAAAUCAUGGGCAUUGACUCAGGCAAGGCUUUAUCUCUUAACCCUUCUCUCCAGUCAGCUCCUCUUCAUUCCAUUCAUUCCAUUAUUUCAUUCCUCCAAUCCAGAGGCAUCCUCCACAAGGACUUGCCCAGAAUCUUCGGCAUGUGCCCAAAACUCCUCACUGCUAACAUCAAAACAGACAUUGACCCUGUUUUCAACUUCCUCUCACAAGACUUAAAAGUCCCGGAACACAACUUCAGGAGGGUCAUCAACAAGUGCCCACGAUUGCUUGUUUCUAGUGUCAGAGACCAACUCAAACCGGCUUUGUUUUGGCUUCAAAGACUUGGCUUCAAGGACUUGGACGUUUUGGCUUAUCAAGACUCGGUUUUGUUGGUGUCCAGUGUAGAAAACACCUUGAUUCCCAAGCUUAAGUAUUUACAGGGUAUUGGUUUGUCGAAGGAUGAGGCGGUGGCUAUGGUUUUGAGGUGCCCGGGGCUGUUUACUUUCAGUCUUGAAAAUAAUUAUAAGCCCAAAUAUGAGUACUUUGUGGAGGAAAUAAAGGGGGAGUUGGAAGAGUUGAAAGAUUUUCCUCAGUAUUUUGCUUUUAGUUUGGAAAAGAGAAUCAAGCCUAGACACAUUGAGAGUGUGAAAAGUGGGGUGAAAUUGUCUUUGCCAACCAUGCUUAAGAGCACUGAUGAAGAGUUCAAUGAAUUGCUGAAGCGAGGGCUAGUAAAGAGUUAACGCAUAGCUAGCUUGCGUGUGCUUCAGGGAUGCAAAGUGUGAUAGUAUGUUAGACUCUCAAAUGCAAGGUAUGAAACUUGAAUCUUACAUUAGAAAAUAUGAAUUUUUAGUUUAAAAUUCAAUCAGUCUCUUAAUCAUACCCAAUUGUGUAUAUGUAAACACUAAUAUAAAUAAAGGGGAAAGGACAAUUUCCCAC